UUGGCCCGGGUGGGAAGCGCGAUCAGACGCAUAACAUGGCCGAUGAGAGGCUACCGAGAGGCAUGGCACAAAGACUACCCACGGACAUCUUGUGCGAGCUGUUCGAAGUAUCUGCCAAUCUCGAGCCUUUUCUGGCGCACAGGAGCGCAUUCAACUAUGCCGCUGACAUGGCUAUCGAAUCGGACAAUCUCUACCCGGAUGACUUUCACACGCAACCCGGCGAUUUAGGAUGGAUACGAUUGACGCAUGUCUGUAACUUGUGGCGUACAGUCGGUGUAGAGCUCUGUCCCCGGUUAUGGGCUGAUCUCAACAUCCUCGCCAUACCCUACGACACUCUCGAUCUUAUCUUAAGUCGCGCAGGCGACCUUCCACUUCGCGCCUCGGCUGGGAUUUGGCAGUCGGAGCGGUACUUCGAACGGGAUCUAAGCCUAGUCAAAAAAUUCAUGCCUCGUUUGCGGGAGCUAGAUAUCUCGUACCCCGACCGCUGGCUAUAUCAGCUUCGCGGCUUUCUUUUCACUCUCGAGGGUCAAACCCGUCAGAUACCCAUCUUGGAGAGACUGGAGAAGCUCGUUUGCUGGCCGCACGCAUAUUAUCUUGAAGCUCCUCCCCAGGAUUGCGCGCUGAAUGCACCGAAUCUUCGGCACUGCACGAUGAGCGAUCCAUACAUGCCGAUUUCUGCGCCUCGCUUGACGCACUUUUGGAUGAAUUACACAUACUGGGAGGGGCUACCUCGUCAUCCAGCCUCCUUGAACUCUAAGUCUCAAGAUGGAUUGGAUACCUUGUUGCGAAAUUUGCGGUCGAUGCCGAAACUCGAGGUGCUCGAACUGCGACUGCCUCUCACAAGAAGCCGGAUUACAUCCGGCACAGACCUUUCCGCUCCAUUAUUGUUGCCUCAUUUGAGACGCUUGCGACUCGCCGGGAACAUCACGAACUGCGCCGAAUUACUGCCAAUCAUCAGCUCGUCUUCCGAGUCACGCGUCUCUGUACAAUUGGAUACUUCGAUACAACCCCACGCAGGAGAUAGCCGUCUCUAUUCGUCACUAUUCCAGUCCAUCCUACCUCGAGUUUGGGACAGCAAACAUGGCGCGCUCGUUCUACAACCUACACAGGAGUUGCCGACCAGAGCACCCGGAAAUAUGCCCGGCCCUCACAUUGGCUUUGGCCUCAUACGAAGGGAGGAUACAGUAGACUCUCCAGGGGAUAUACGAGUAUCUGUGACUCCCUAUAACAAUCUCGCUGCGAUGCCGGUUUCUUGGCAGCGACGCGAGGUCGCAGCCGCAUUUUUCAAUACGAUCAAGACUGCGUACAACGUGCUCGAUAUCAGCCGCUGUGACCUAUGGCAGGAGCUUGCGCCUGCGAUACCAGACGGUGUACUCGACUCUGUACACACUCUCAAGACGGAUCUUGUACAUUGUGGUUUCUUGCGCUAUGCCGUGUGCACGCGAGACCGACCACUGUUACCCGCCUUGCGCCAGGUCAUCCUCGUCGAAGGGCUCGAUCAUCCUAGCGAAGAGCAGUGGAAGACGGGAUGGGAUAGUCUUAAUGGGGCGCUGAGGCAGUAUCGACGCGGUGGGAAGCCUCUGACGGUACGAAGGGCGAAAAGAUCCGGCAAUUCGUUCAGCGCCCUUGACAAGUAUGGCGAGGUUGACCGCGAAGGUCUACGGCGCGCGCGGGAGCUAGCUCUAAACGUCUUGGAAGAAUGA